AUGCAAUACAAAGGACAAAAAUCUUAAGUCUUAACAUUGAAUAUCUUUAUGUUUAAUGUUGGGAAGAUGUUUUAAAAAAAUAAAGGAAAAGAGAAUAUUGAUUUAUUCUUUUAAUAAGGAUUCCAAAAUUAAACAAAUUACCAGCUGAAAGUCAGAGAAGUAAAAAGCCUGGGAUUCACCAUCCUGAAACUAUCUGACAAAAAAUGGCUCACUAAUGCCAUAUUUACACUUAACCAAUAAAGGUAGAUUUUAUUCACUAUUCUGAUGCAACAAAUAGUAGCCUAACUAAAAAUUAUGCAGUAACAUAUAAUUUUCAAAAAAUACUUAUUAAAAUCAUUGGUUACAACUAUUUUAAGAGAAUAAUUGAAGGCUUUUUCUAAAAAGAAGAGUUGGGUAAUAUUAAAAAUAAAAAUUACAGAAAUAACUUGGUCUUAGUAUGAAUAGAAGUUAUCAGCAUAUUCAAAAAAACAGGGAUAAUAAUGA